ACCAUCAGACACCCACGGACAUCAGAAUGAGUGACAAUGCUACUUUGGUUCCUCCAGCUUCAAACCAGGGUCCCACUACCCCACGCAAGGGGCCCCCCAAGUUCAAGCAGAGACAGACUCGCCAAUUCAAGAGCAAGCCUCCUAAGAAAGGUGUGAAAGGGUUUGGAGAUGACAUUCCAGGCAUGGAGGGGCUAGGAACAGAUAUCACAGUGAUUUGUCCCUGGGAGGCAUUCAGCCACCUGGAAUUGCAUGAGCUUGCUCAAUUUGGGAUCAUCUGAUGCACCAGAGGUUCUGCCAUCAACAGCAUCUGCUGGAGUUUUGAUUACUUUUGCCCUAUUGAUCUGCC